CGUGAGGUAAUAUCGGCGAAAGUACGGGGUCCUAUCUUUCAAGAAUCAUGCUAAAACGCAUAAAUUUAAAGGAUUUUGACACCCAAAUUUUUGCUAAGUGGGGUCCUAGGACCCAUCUCCUCAAAGGCUCCCUCCGCCACUGCUUAGAGGUGCGGUUUUCGUCUGCCAUGCAGACCCACGUCUGUUAUUCUGCAUGGCAUGUCGGAAAUUAAUUGACCAAAACCGCACCUUGAGGGUGCGGUUUGUGUGGCAAAACCGCACCUUGGGGAUGCAGUUUCGUUUUGCAUAAACAAACCGCAUCUCCAUAUUGCUAGGUCAGGCCAAAACCGCACCUCGCCCACGCGGUUUGUGUAGGUCAGACCUGAAACCGCUUGGUCAAGAUGCGAUUUUGGUCCAGGAUUAUAAACCGCACCUCUAAGGUGCGGUCCAUAAAAAAGGGUGCUAUUAGUGUAAAUUUUUUUGAUUGGGUGCUAUUUUUUUUUUUUUAAGGUGUUAUUUCUGGAAAAAUCCCUGAAAAAGGAGGAGAAAAAAUCUGCAGCUGACAUUAUGGGCUAGUAGUGGCAACUUGCACAUAUUUUUUGAGUUGGGCUUUUAUUUAUGGGCCCGAAAAAUGAAAACGGGCUCAAAAUUACAACACCGACGCGAAGUAUAUUGUUUUCCCACGCCCUCGCAAACCCACAGCAUAACUGAUCCGACCCGAAUCCCCCGUCGCCCCGACUCUAAUUCACUCACCUCGCUCUCCCACCUCUUUCCCGCCCAACUCCCGGCCAGCGUAGCCGACGUCAUCAUCCGAAUCGAGCGGUUAUUAGCUCAUCCGCCAUCGCCGGCACACACUCAAAAGCACGCUCUCAAGUCUCGACUGCGCGUAACAGAAUCUCCUCUCGCCCACAACAAACUCUCUCCCUAUUUCUCACUCUCUGCAGAGAUUCAGAUUCAGAGCCAAGAACCGCCAUGGAUGCUCUGCUGAAGCUUUUCCACCUCCUCCUGCUCUCUCUUUCCUCCACCCUCUCCGCUCCAAGCACAUCCUCCGCCGCCGUAAUCGGCGUCACAUACACUUCUCCUUUCCCCUCGCCGCCAUCCUCCUCAACCGGUGGCAAUUCGUCGCUGCCGACUCCUCCGCCGCCGCAGCGCGCGCAUCCGGAGACGAUCGCCUCCGCCGUCUCCGAUCUCCGCUUCGGCGCCGUCCGCCUCACGCAUCCCGAUCCCAACCUCGUCAGAGCCUUCGCCUUCACCAACACCUCGCUGCUUCUUUCAAUUCCCAACGGCCUCCUCCCCCCGCUGGCUUCCAAUCGCACUCUGGCCGUCAAGUGGCUCCGCGUCCACGUCCUCCCUUUCUAUCCGCGCUCCAAGAUCGCAACAAUCUCCGUCGGAGAAGACGCAGUCGCCGCCCCACAGAUCUCGUUCCUGCUGCCUGCCAUACGCAACGUCCAUCUCGCGCUCAGAGACAUCGGAAUCAGGUCGAUCUCCGUCUCCACGACCUUCUCCUUCAUCAAAAUCGUGACGACGGCGUUCCCUCCCUCGGCGGCCACUUUCCAGGAGCCGAUCGGCGAGGCGGUGAUUCGGCCGCUGCUCCAGUUCUUGGAAGACACCAACUCUUCCUUCUUGGUGAAUCUUUACCCGUACAACAUGUACAGAUUGCACUUUCAGAUCCCGCUCGGAUUGGCUCUGUUUCAGGAAGGCAGUUUCAAUUUCCGCGACGAUUUCGCCACUGGAGUCCGGUACCUCAAUCUGUUCGAUAUGAUGGUGGAUGCUGUCGUCACUUCUAUGGCGGUCGCCGGCCACGAGAACAUCCCCUUGGUCGUUACCGAGACGGGAUGGCCAAGCUCGGCAGUAGACAGCGCCGCCGCCGACGCCGACGCGAAUCCGGCGUACGCUGAGUUGUAUUUGAAGUCGUUGGUGGCACACUUGAUCUCCGGCAAGGGAACGCCGCUGAGGAAAGAAGGGGUGGCGCAGGCCUACAUCUACGAGCUGGUUGAAUCCGAUCCGAAGCAGCAGCUGCCGCUGCAGCAGGGGGCGCACAAUUGGGGCAUUCUACACCCAAACAUGAGUAAGAAGUAUCACUUCGAUUUCUCCUCUGCCUCUAGGAACAACACCAUUCCUUUGGGGAGAUUGCUUCUUCUGUCCACCGUUGUGCUCGCAUCUUUGUUGUUCCAGUAGAUCUAAGAAUGGCGUCCGAACAACCCUGAAAUCAAAUUGGGGGAUUGAUAUGGUGAUCUUCUGUUGUAACGGAGUAAAUUUUUUGUGAAUUGGUCUGGGAAAUAGUGGUUUCAUAGCUUGGUUCCAAUUUUGGAUUGAACUCUUCAUAGGGUUCUAGAUGGAAUCAGAUUGAGGAAUUCCCCUCAUGUAACUACAGUUUUGUAAUGAUGAAUAAUAAUGACGAUUAGCUCCCCUGAAUUGGUUUGUUUCAUCUGAAUUCCGAAUUCUGAUUAGCAGAUAAUUAGUGAUAAUGGUUAACUCUAGUUGAAUUAGUUGCAUCAUGAUUAAUUGCUUGAUGGAAAGAUGGUUGUUUUACACAGAUAAUGGUUAACUCAAGUUUAACUAAAUCAAUUAAUUAAUUAAUAAUCAAAACUAUUUGGAUCACUGUGCUUUUGGUGGGUUUGGGCUUCUGAGCACGUUGGGCUGUUUGUUUUGGGCCUAGAAAAGAGUCUUCUACCUGACUACCUGUCAGCGUAAGAAAAGGGACGAUCUUCU